AUGAGUUCAUUACCCGAGAAGCUCAAUGCUGGCCUGAUCAUCGGCGGCUUCGUGGCGGCAGUGUUCGUGCCCGUAGCGGUGGCCAUCCUCGUCCACAUCAUCAUUGCCAUCCAGAUCCACGGGAAGGUUCGCCCGGUGGUGCAGAAUCAGAUCCCGGAGACGUGUACCGUCAUCGAUAAUGUGUUGCUGAAUGGGGCACCGGCUACACUGCUCGACAAGAUCCAGAAGGAGAUCAACGCGACAAAGAUCAAGAACGCUGACGGCAAGACGAUGAGCAUGAUGCAG